UCCCCCCGGGGGAGGCGGGGAAGCGGCGCGGCGGAGCGGCGGAGCCCCGCUCAGGAGCUGUGCUGGCCCCGACUGCAGCCGUGGGCACCAUGAGGGGUCUCUGGGCUCUCGCACUCGCAGGGCUCGUCAGCGCCUGCGAGGGGAAGGAGGUGCCGCUGGCAGAAGGGGAGCUGUGCGCACAGCUCUGGGAUGAGGAUCUGGUUGGGAACAAGUAUGAGAACGUAACGGGUUUUAACCUGAUUAAAAGGUUCGACUUGCUGAAGAUCUCCUCCAUCAAGAAGGUCCGCAACCCGAGGGGGCCGGUGGUGCUGCGGCUGGGUGCCGUGCCCCUGGUCCAGCCCACGCAGCAGGUGUUUCCCCACGGGCUGCCCCCCGCUUUCACCCUCGUCCUCACCUUGCUGCUGAAGAAGAACAGCACCGGGGAGCACUGGUACCUCUUCCAGGUCACUGACCGGCAGGGAUACCCCCAGCUCUCCCUGGAUGUGCACGGCCCCGAGAAGAGCCUGGAGUUCCAGGCCAGGGCACCAGGAGCCUCGUUCGUCAGCGCCGUCUUCACGGGGAAGGCGGUGGCGUCUCUCUUCGAUGGGCGUUGGCAUAAGGUGGUGCUGGCCGUGCAGAGCCACUCCGUCUCCAUCCACCUGGACUGCGCCUCCAUCUCCUCCAAGCCGCUGGCGCCGCGGCGGGCGCUGGUCCCAGAGGGCAAUGCCUUCCUGGGGCUGGAUGCCGUGCGUGGCACCCCAGUCCGGUUUGACAUCCAGCAGGCUCAGAUCUACUGCAACGCUGAGCUGGCCAGGCAGGAGGGGUGCUGCGAGAUCUCGGCUGGUGGGUGCCUCCCAGAAGCGCCCAAGACCCGUCGGCAAGCGGAGCUGAUGCAGAGCAGCAACCUGAUCGAGAUGUCGCCGCAGCCCGAGGGCCGCGUGUACACCCGCUGCUUCUGCCUGGAGGAGCCGCUGGGCGCGGAGCCGGCGAGGGCAUCAGGGAGGACCAGCCUGAAGGCAGAUCACGAGGAGAAGUGCCCACCCUGCUCGGCGCAGACGGCCUCGGCAAACGACACCCUCGGUCCCCUGGGUCCAAAGGGCGCGAGGGGCGAGCGUGGCCUGCCUGGCACCAAGGGCGAGAAAGGCGACCGCGGCGCUGACUGCGUGCGCUCCCACCCUGGUGCCCCCAUAGAGUGCGCCGAGGGGCCGCGGGGCGAGAAGGGGCAGCGCGGAGAGGCGGGGCUCCCGGGGGCAACUGGUGCUGAUGGGCAGAAGGGACAGAAAGGUGAGAAGGGCGACGGGGGACUGCAGGGCAAGCCAGGGCGCCCAGGGCGUGACGGACGGCCCGGAGAGAUAUGCGUGGUGGGACCCAAGGGCCAGAAGGGUGACCCUGGCGUCGUGGGACCCGAGGGGCUGGCUGGGGAGCCGGGGCCCCCGGGGAAGCCGGGCUCUCCAGGAAUUGGGCUGCCAGGGAAGCCGGGUGACCCUGGUGGCCCCCCGGGCCCGAAAGGAGAAAAGGGCAACCCAGGAGCUGCUGGACCCGGAGGAUCGCCCGGGACGCCCGGUCCCCCUGGCAUCCUGGGGCCGAAAGGAGACAAGGGUGAGCCGUGCGAGGUGUGCCCCACCGUCGCCGAGGGGAUGCUCGGUGCCACCGGGCUGCCUGGCGAACCGGGACCCAGGGGAGCGCCCGGAGCGCCCGGCAAGGACGGCGUCUCGGACAGACCCGGCCCUGCAGGACCCAAAGGGGACAGGGGAGAUCGUGGCAUCCAGGGGAUGAAGGGGGAGAAGGGCGACUCCUGCCUGUCCUGCGAUGCCCGUGUCCUGGCUGCGCUGCUGCGGGGUCCGACCGAGGGUCCGGAGGGCGACCCGGGGGGGAUGGUGAGUAUGUGGGGCUGAGCCCCCUCUCCCAUCCAGAGAGGUGCCCCUCCGCCCCGGGGCUGCGCGGGUGCCCGCGGUGUAACCGCACAGGGCGUUUGGCAGGGCGAAGCGGGGCUCCCCAGGCUGGCCGGCAUCAAGGGCAAGAAGGGGGAUGGUGGCCAGGAGGGACCCAUGGGCAGCCCGGGGCUCCCGGGAGAAAAAGGUGACGCAGGCGUACGGGGGCUCAAAGGAGAGAAGGGUGAGCCGUGCGGGCAGUGCCCUCCGGUGCCACAGGCCCUCGAAGGGGCAGCGACGGUGCUGGCGGUGCCGGGGCCACCGGGGCAGAAGGGGCAGGGCGGCUCCCCGGGCAGAGCGGGCAGACCCGGCGUCGCUGGCCAGAAGGGGCAGAAGGGGGACGCAGGCAGCCCUGGGGACCCGGGCACCCCGGGCAUGGCUGGGCUCCCAGGAUUGGCAGGAGAGCCCGGAAUUAUGGGUCCAGCUGGCCCCAAAGGCGAGAAGGGUGAUGCCUGUGAGCCCUGUCCUGCUUCUCAUGGGGACUUCCCAGACGUGGUCGGCAUCCCAGGACAACGCGGGGCCAAAGGGGACCAGGGUCCCCCUGGCAUCGGCCAGCCGGGCAGAGCCGGGAAACCGGGACUGCCCGGAGUUCAGGGCCCCCCAGGACCAAAGGGGCUGCAGGGUGAGCCGGGACCACCAGGGAUCGGCCAGACAGGACCGCAGGGAGAGCCGGGAAGCACUGGCCCCCCCGGGACCCCCGGCCCUCCCGGACCCCUGGGACCCCCAGGGAUGGCAGCAGAGAAAGGUGCCAAGGGAUCUCCGGGGUCCAAAGGUGCCACGGGACCCCCCGGGCCACCAGGGACCAGCAUCACGGGGCCACCGGGCCCCGCGGGGCAGCGGGGGCUCCCCGGGGAGCCGGGGUCCAGCGGGCAGCCGGGGGAGAAGGGCGAACGGGGCGAGAAGGGAGACCCCGGGGACUGCGCCUGCCCACUCGGCCCCCGCCAGGACCCCAGCUAUGCCGGGAUGCCGGGAGCCCCAGGACUGUGGAACGGGAUGUCCUGGCAGCCAGAGCCAGGCCCGCAGGGUCCCCCCGGAGCCCCUGGGCCGCCCGGUCCCCCCGGUGCCCCCGGUCGCCAGGGGAUGCCAGGACACAAUGGUUUGCCGGGACUGCCGGGACCAGCUGGGGACCUAGGCCCGCUGGCCGUCAUGGCUGAGAGGAAUAUUGAGGUGUUGAAGAGCCUCUGCGGGGACUGUGUCCGGCUGCAGGCUGCCUUCGAAGCACCCGGCGAGGUCAAGGAGGAGAAAGGGGAUGGAGGGAUGCCAGGAGCCCCCGGCAACGAGGGGUGCGCCCGUUGCCUUGCCCAGUUCCAGAGAGCGGAGGAGGCUCGGGGUGACAGCCCUGACACAGACUGCGUGGGUGACCCCGGGCUGCCAGGCACCCCGGGCAUCCCCGGCGAGAGAGGCGAGCAGGGCUCACCGGGACUGCGGGGACCCCCGGGGCCACCCGGGCCCAUCGGCCCCCCAGGCUUUCCUGGAACGCCUGGCGCACCCGGACUGCCCGGUCUCCAGGGGGAGCGCGGCCCCGCUGGGCUUGCUGGAGCCAAAGGGGAGCCGGGACCUCCAGGGCAGCCCGGCUACCCCGGAGCGACGGGUCCCCCCGGCCUUCCCGGCAUCAAGGGCGAGCGAGGCUACGUGGGCCCCCCUGGGGAGAAAGGGGAGCUGGGUCCCCCCGGUUUGGAUGGUCUCCCCGGUCCCACGGGACCAGCGGGACCGAGGGGUGAGCGUGGGCUCCCGGGUGGUGCUGGUGAGAAGGGCGACCAGGGUUUCCAGGGUCAACCUGGCUUCCCGGGGCCACCGGGACCCCCCGGCUUCCCAGGGAAGGUCGGUCCAGCUGGGCCACCGGGGCCAGCAGCCGAGAAGGGCAGCGAGGGCAUGCGUGGCCCCACGGGGAUGCCAGGGCCCCCCGGACCUCCCGGCCCCCCAGGCAUCCAGGGCCCCGCUGGCGUGGAGGGACUGGACGGCAAGGAUGGCAAACCAGGGCUGCGGGGUGACCCUGGCCCUCCUGGGCCACCAGGGAUGAUGGGUCCUCCGGGCUUCAAGGGGAAGACGGGGCACCCAGGUCUCCCGGGACCAAAGGGUGACUGCGGGAAACCUGGUCCCCCGGGGAGCACGGGCCGGCCGGGAGCAGAGGGUGACCCCGGACCCAUGGGACCCCAAGGCCGGCAAGGACCCCCAGGGCCCAUUGGCCCUCCUGGCACCCCGGGGCAGCCAGGACCCGCUGGCCUCGCCGGAGUGGGGCUGAAAGGCGAUCGGGGCUCCACAGGAGAGCGAGGUCUGCCAGGGAUGCCAGGACAGCCGGGACCCCCAGGCCACCCAGGACCACCGGGGGAGCAGGGAUCGGAUGGACCCGUUGGUAAAGAGGGCCCACCAGGAAAACCUGGCUCUGCAGGACCAGCUGGCCAGAAGGGUGAAGCUGGAUCCCCCGGCGAGAGAGGCUACCCCGGGGAGAAGGGCAGAGCCGGCAUGCCUGGGGGGCCAGGGAAGAGUGGCUCCAUGGGGCUCGUGGGGCCACGGGGCCCUGCGGGAGAGAGGGGCCCCCCUGGCUCACCGGGACCCGCAGGCACCCCCGGGCUGCCGGGACCCCCGGGGAUGAUGGGAGAUGUGGUGAACUACGAUGAGAUCAAGAGGUUCAUCAGGCAGGAGCUGAGCAAGAUGUUCGAUGAGCGCAUGGCGUACUACACCUCUCGGCUGCAAUUCCCAGUGGAGAUGGUGGCAUCCCCAGGGAGACCCGGUCCCCCGGGGAAGGAUGGGCUGCCCGGCCGGCCGGGACCCCCUGGCUCCCCAGGGCUGCCGGGGCAGAUCGGCAGAGAGGGGCGGCAGGGCGUGCCGGGCAUGCGGGGUGAGCCAGGCGCCAAAGGAGAGAAAGGCGAGAAAGGCGUGGGGAUGAUGGGGGACAGCGGCCCCCCAGGCCCCCCAGGUCCCCAAGGGCCACCAGGCUAUGGGAAGAUGGGUCCCCCCGGCCCUGUGGGACAGCAAGGCAUCCCCGGCGUUCCGGGCCCCCCGGGAGCCACGGGGCAGCCGGGCCAGACGGGGCACUGCAGCCCCGCGGAGUGCCUGGGGGCUGUGCCCCUGGAGCAGCCCCUCUUCCAGCCCAAGAACACCAAGGGCCCCUUCGGCUGAGGGGUCCCGGUGCCCCCGCGCCCCCGCCUCUGCUGUUGAUAUCGUUUCCCCGCGGUGCCGGGGCUGUGCCUGGCCCGGGCGUGCGGGUGCUGUACGGCUCCAUCACGAUGGAGCGUGAGGGCAGGUGGAUCCUGCCCGGCCAAAUACACCCAUGCUGGUGCCCUGGUGCCUC